GUAUACCUUUUGAUAAUCAGAUAAAAUAAACUGCUUCUGAUUUAGAGAUCUAGGGAGGAAGACUUAGUUGAUAGUAUUGUACUAUCAAAUUGGAGUAACUGCUGUGGAUCAAACUGAGAUAAUUGCUAUGGAUCAAUCAGUCUAGGUGAAGCAGAAGUGUGGGCUUUUCUAGUUGACUGAAGCCUUUGAUGAGCAGGCCCAGCCCAACUAGGGUUUUGUAGCUAAGUCCCCUCCCUAACUCUAUAAAUACAUAUUGUCUCAUCACAAUUGUAUACCUUUUGAUAAUCAGAUAAAAUAAGCGCUUCUGAUUUAGAGAUCUAGGGAGGAAGACUUAGUUGAUAGUAUUGUACUAUCAAAUUGGAGUAACUGCUGUGGAUCAAACUGAGAUAAUUGCUAUGGAUCAAUCAGAAUUGUAUGAACAAGCUAUCAAGUCAGAGAAAGGUUCGUUCAUAACGUCAACAGGUGCAUUGGCCACACUGUCUGGGGCUAAGACAGGUAGAGCUCCACGAGACAAGCGUGUUGUUAAAGAUGACACCACUCAAAAUGAGCUGUGGUGGGGAAAGGGCUCUCCUAAUAUUGAAAUGGACGAGCAAACUUUUUUGGUCAACAGAGAAAGAGCUGUCGAUUACUUGAAUUCUUUGGACAAGGUAUUUGUAAACGAUCAAUUUCUGAAUUGGGAUCCACAAAACAGAAUCAAAGUUCGAAUUGUAUCUGCCAGAGCUUACCACUCUCUGUUUAUGCACAACAUGUGUAUCCGUCCUACCGAAGAAGAGUUGGAGGAUUUUGGGACCCCUGAUUUCACAAUAUACAAUGCUGGUCAGUUCCCAUGCAACCGUUACACUCACUACAUGACCUCUUCAACUAGCAUAGACCUCAAUCUAGCUAGGAGAGAAAUGGUGAUUUUGGGCACCCAAUAUGCUGGUGAAAUGAAGAAAGGACUGUUUGGUGUGAUGCACUAUCUCAUGCCCCAACGCCAAAUCCUCUCCCUUCAUUCUGGUUGUAACAUGGGCAAAGAUGGUGAUGUUGCCCUCUUCUUUGGAUUAUCAGGGACUGGGAAGACAACCCUUUCCACUGAUCACAAUAGGUAUUUGAUUGGAGAUGAUGAGCAUUGUUGGAGUGAUAAUGGUGUUUCAAACAUUGAAGGAGGUUGCUAUGCUAAGUGCAUUGAUUUGUCUAAGGAAAAGGAGCCUGAUAUUUGGAAUGCUAUCAAGUUUGGAACUGUGGUGGAGAAUGUGGUUUUUGAUGAGCAUACUCGAGAAGUAGAUUACUCUGACAAAUCUGUUACAGAGAACACUAGAGCUGCAUAUCCAAUAGAGUACAUUCCAAAUGCUAAAAUACCCUGUGUUGGUCCUCAUCCUAAGAAUGUGAUUCUCUUGGCCUGCGACGCCUUCGGGGUUCUCCCGCCUGUGAGCAAGCUCAGCUUGGCCCAAACUAUGUACCAUUUCAUCAGUGGUUACACUGCUCUGGUGGCUGGAACAGAGGAGGGUGUGAAAGAGCCAAGAGCAACAUUCUCAGCAUGCUUUGGUGCAGCCUUUAUAAUGUUGCAUCCCACAAGAUAUGCAACAAUGCUUGCUGAAAAGAUGCAAAAACAUGGCGCUACCGGGUGGCUUGUUAACACUGGCUGGUCUGGUGGAAGAUAUGGAUCUGGUAGUCGUAUCAAGUUGGCUUACACAAGGAAAAUCAUUGAUGCUAUUCACUCAGGAGCUCUCUUAGAGGCAAACUACACCAAAACUGAUGUAUUUGGUUUGGAGAUCCCAACUGAGAUUGAGGGUGUCCCAUCAGAAAUUCUUGACCCUAUAAACACUUGGUCAGACAAGCAAGCCUACAAGGAUAGCUUACUCCAUCUUGGUGGUUUGUUUAAGAACAACUUUGAGGUGUUCUUGAACUACAAGGUUGGAAAAGACAGUAAUUUGACUGAGGAAAUUGUUGCGGCUGGUCCUAAUUUUUAAUCAAAUAUGAAACAAAUAAGAAGAAACUCUUCAAAAUUUUUACGGAUUUGGAGAAGAAUUUGGAAUCAAUAAUGGUGGCUUGUUUUGUUAUGUUAGAAUAAGAAAAAGAAAAAAAGAAAAGGACCAUCUCAUUUUGUAUUUAUUCCAAAGUUUGUGUAUUUUCAUUUUUCAUUAUUUAUUUAUUUCACCACUUUUUAAAAAAGUGAUGCAACUCAUAUAUAAAUUCAAUAUCAUAUUUAAUAUUGGUUUUGGUUACA